AUGUGUAGUCCCCAAACCAUACUGGAUAAGAUUGUGGACAAAAUUGUUGCUAAAGUGAUCCAAUCGGUGGUGAGUCAUAUCCGUUUUGUUACUUGCUACAAAGGAAACCUGGAGAAGUUGGAUGCUGAAAAGAAGAACCUGGAAGGUCAGUGGCUAAAAGUCAAUGAAGACGUUGAUAAAUACAAGACCCUUGGUGAAGACAUUGAGGCUAAUGUUUCAAACUGGCUAACAGAGGCGGACAAGAUGAUAAAAGAAGUUGAGGAAUUUGAGAAACACAAAACCGAUAAGGAAAGCAUGCAAUGCUUUAAAUUUUCGUGUCCCGACUACAUCUCGCGCUACAAAUUGAGCAAGCAAGCAGAAAGGAAGAUUGGUGAUAUCAAGAAUCUCACUCAAGAAGGAAAAUUUGACAAAGUUUCACAUCGUAAACCACCUCCUCAGAAACUUUUAUUCCCAUCCAGUGCUCAUUUUGUAAGUUUGGAUUAUAUGAGUUUUGAUUCCAGAGAAUCGGUUUUCAAGAGGAUCAUGGAUGCAUUAAAAGAUUCCAAGGUUUACAAGAUUGGGGUACAUGGACUAGGAGGGGUAGGUAAGACAAAAAUGGUUGAAGAGGUUGGCAAACAAGUGAAAAAAGAUGGACUUUUUGAUGAAGUUGUGAUGGCAGUAGUCUCUCAAGAUGCAAAUGUGAGAAAAAUUCAAUUGCAGUUGGUUGGGGGUUUGAAUCCAAAACCUGAUGUAGUGACAAUUACUGAUGAACAUGAGAGAGCAAAAGAAUUGUGGCUUAGAUUGGACAAUGGGAAGAAAAAUCUAAUAAUAUUGGAUGAUAUUUGGCAUGAACUAAGCUUGGACACAAUAGGUAUUCCUAUCACAGGUAGGAACAAAGUUGUGAUAACGUCUCGAAAUCAAGAUGUGUGGAAAAAUAUGGAAAUGGAUACAGAAAUUCAGAUCAAAGUACUAUCAGAGCCAGAAGCAUGGGCCCUAUUCAAGAACAAGGUGGGAGAUUCUGUUGAUUCUGAUCAAGAACUACAUGAUAUAGCAAAAGAGGUGUGUAAAGAGUGUCAAGGUUUGCCAGUUGCUAUACUUGUAGUUGGAGGUGCAUUAAAAGGUAAGCAGAAGUGUGUUUGGAAAAACGCACUUGAGAAGCUGAAAAAGUCUAUGCUACAGAAAAUUGAGGGAAUUAGCCCAAUGUUGUAUGACUCCCUGAAGUUGAGCUAUGUUUAUUUAUCUGAGGAUGCGAAAUCAUGCUUCUUGCUCUGUUGUAUGUUUCCUGAAGAUGCCGAGAUUCCAAUUGAGGAAUUGGUGAGACAUUGCAUGGCGAGAAGGUUGCUUGCUCAAAAGCCGGAUACACUCGAAGAAGCAAGAGAUACAGUAUGUACAGUGGUCAAUACGCUCAAAACUUGUUCUUUGUUGUUAGAUGGCACAGAUGAAAACGUUGUAAAAAUGCAUGAUGUCAUUCGAGAUGUUGCUGUUUCAAUUGCUGAUGAUGAAAAGGCAAUUCUUGUAAAACAUGGUGUUCAUGAGUGGCCGGAAAAAGGUACGUAUGAAUCUUACUUGGCAAUCUCAUUAAGGUCCAAAACUGUUCAUGAGGUUCCCAAUAAAUUGGGAUGUUCACAACUCCACACCUUAUUGUUGGAAUGUAUCGAUCCCUUGGUUACUAUUCCAGACAUGUUUUUCGAUGGGAUGGAGAAACUUACAGUUUUAGAAUUGAAUGGAGUACGUAUGUUGCAACUUCCACCAUCACUUGCAAAUUUGGUUAACCUUCGGAUGUUAUGUCUACAUAAAUGCCAGUUGGGAGACAUAACUAUACUCAAGGAUCUAAAGAACAACCUUGAAGUGCUUAGCCUUCGGGGUUCUGAUAUCAAGGCCUUACCAUCAGAGAUUGGACAAUUGACUCAACUUCGGUUGUUAGAUUUGAGAGAUUGUUACAAACUCUCAAAGAUUCCAAAAGGUGUCAUAUCCAAUUUGUCUCGCCUGGAAGAACUAUACAUUUUAAAUAGCUUUGUGGGAUUGGAGGAUGCUACAGUCAACAAGGAACUUGAUAAGUUGGGUAAGUUAACGCCAUUAACCACUUUACAUAUACACAUACCAAAUGCCAUGCUACUGCCUAAAGAGAUCUGCUUUAAAAACUUGAUCAGAUUUAUAAUAUCAACGGGUGAAAGGUCUGGUAAUUUGGAAUAUCAGUCAUCAACAAGGAUAUUUAAACUUGUAGGCGUUCCCUUAAGGGAUGAGUUUAAUGUUUUGUUGGAGAGAGCAGAAGUGCUUCAUUUGGAAAAAGUGGAAGGCUUACAGAAGGUGUAUCACAGACUAUAUCCAUCAGGGUCCUUCAAUAAAUUAACUGUAUUAACAAUUAAAUAUUGUAAGUUGAAAUAUCUCUUCUCCCCAUCAUGCGCAAGAGGACUUCUGCAAAUUCAACGACUAGUAAUAAAAGAUUGUGAGGUCAUGGAAGGAAUUGUUGGAAAUGAAGGAGAAGAAAAUGAAGAGGCAGUCACAAGUGAGGCAAUUAAUUUUAGUCAAUUGAAAUAUAUGGAGUUGAGAAGUCUACCCAGCCUCGUAAGCUUCUACCCCAAAAUGGAGAAGACAACGACAGCAAAGGAAAAUUCAUCAACCCAAGCACACUCUCUCUUUAAUGAAAAGGUCACGUUCCCUGCCUUGGAGGAAUUGUCUAUUCAUGGACUACCAAAGCUGACAGAGAUAAAAGAAGUAUUAGAGAAUGGGGAAAAAGAAGAAAAAGCAGAAAACAACACUAGUACCAUAUCGUUCCCUCACCUAACAAGAAUGAAUUUUGAUAAUUUGGAGAGCCUCAAAAGCUUUUGCACCUCUAGAUCUGAAACACAAUCCUUCUUUACUAGCCAGGUCACGUUCCCUGCCUUGGUGGAAUUGUAUAUUGCUGAACUACCAAAGCUGGCAGAGAUAUGGGAUAGGAAAUUACUUCCAUUAGAGUUCUUUAAAGAAUUGAGAGAUGUGACCAUCUGGAGCUGUGAGAAAUUGGUGAAUGUCGGUUCGUCCAAUAUGCACCGACAAUUACCGAAACUAAAAGAACUUUAUGUUCGGGAUUGUCAAGAGCUGAAAGUAGUAGUAUUGGAGAAUGGGAAAAAAGAAGAAAAAGCAGAAAACAACACUAGCACCAUAUCGUUCCCUCACCUAACCAGAAUGAAUUUUAAUAAUCUGGAGAGCCUCAAAAGCUUUUGCACCUCUAGAUCUAAAACACAAUCCCUCUUCACUAGCCAGGUCAUGUUCCCUGCCUUGGUGGAUUUGUUUAUUUCUGGACUACCAAAGCUGACAGAGAUAUGGGAUAGGAAAUUACUUCCAUUAGAGUUCUUUAAAGAAUUGAGAGACGUGACCAUCUUGUUCUGUGAGAAAUUGGUGAAUGUCGGUCCGUCCAAUAUGCACCGACAAUUACCGAAACUAAAGGGACUUCAUGUUUGGGGAUGUCAAGAGCUGAAAGUAGUAGUGUUGGAGAAUGGGGAAAAAGAUGAAAAAGCAGAAAACAACACUAGUACCAUAUCAUUCCCUCACCUAACAAGAAUGAAUUUGAAUAAUUUGGAGAGCCUCGAAAGCUUUUGCACCUCUAGAUCUGAAACACAAUCCCUCUUCACUAGCCAGGUCACGUUCCCUGCCUUGCAGGAAUUGUUUAUUAGUGAACUACCAAAGCUGACAGAGAUAUGGGAUAGGAAAUUACUUCCAUUAGAGUUCUUUAAAGAAUUGAGAGAUGUGACCAUCUGGGGCUGUGAGAAAUUGGUGAAUGUCGGUUCGUCCAAUAUGCACCGACAAUUACCGAAACUAAAAGGACUUUAUGUUCGGGAUUGUCAAGAGCUGAAAGUAGUAGUGUUGGAGAAUGGGGAAAAAGAAGAAAAAGCAGAAAACAACACUAGUACCAUAUCGUUCCCUCACCUAACCAGAAUGAAUUUUAAUAAUCUGGAGACCCUCAAAAGCUUUUGCACCUCUAGAUCUGAAACACAAUCCCUCUUCACUAGCCAGGUCACGUUCCCUGCCUUGCAGGAAUUGUUUAUUUAG